AUGCGGCUGCCUUUCUCGCGCCUCUUUGUUCUGGCGUUGUGCAGCGCUGCUGCGCACGCUGAGAUCUUCGACUACGACGUAGGGACCACUGAGGGGAAAUGCACCAAAGCGCAGCUGAUGAAAAUAGACGAGCUGAUUGAUGAUUGCAAUGCUCUGGUGGAAGCUGCAAUGUGGGCUAUUGAGCAACAUUCGCAAGGGCAAGCAAGCGCGGGUGUAUUAACAUUAUUUACCUCUUACUUUGGUAUCGAAUGGGAUUGGAAUAUAGAGGGUGGAUUUGCAGAUGCAGUUUCCGCUGACGCCUGGAGCAACAUCAUCUACACGUUUCAGGAGAUUCAGGUGUUUCUCCAGGGCGCCGACCUUAGCCCAUAUGCCUCAAGCGACCCCUCGCAGAAACCCUAUAUCUUCUGUGGUGAAGGGAACUAUGAGCGCUGGGACUGGUACGAUGAAGCAUUGGACCAGGACAUGGAACCCAUUCCGAAAGCACGGCUUUACGGAGGCGGCUACUACACUGUCAAAGAAAUGUACGGCGCUGAGUUUACUGAACAAAAUGUGUUUUACUCUCUGAAGGACAAGGGUUACUUGUUCUCGAACGGAGACGGCUGUCAACCCUACGUGAAUAGCGAGGGAGUGACAUCGGUGUCGGUUGCGUUCACCUCAAGGCCCGUUAAAGCGAGGACAAAUCCGUCAGAACCGCAGACCGUGUUGCCUCCAUCGCUGACACUGUGCCCCGCUACACUUGAUGCGCCUAGCAAUAACGAGCCGGCUCUGCUCUCCGAUAUCACAUACCCAACGCCGGAGGCCCCGGUUGCUCUGGAUUCGAUGGUAACACAGUCUGCGAGUAUGUUUCAUGAGCUGGCGCACCUAACGACGGACUAUGUGGUGGACUACUGGUACCCACUGAACGUGGUUAUCGCAAAUGCCGUCUACUCCUCGGAUCAGGGGGGCACCCUUGCGAGCAGAAACGCCGAAUCGUAUAUGUACUUUGCCCUGGCAGUCUGGUUUUACAAGAAUGCUCCGAGUGGAACGACUCCUGCAACUUUCUACCGGGGCAUGUCAAACGACCCGAUCAGGAUUCCAGAUAAUUAA